AAUCAACGCUUCCCUCUUCUUCUUAAGCACCUCCCAACCCAUUGCCGGACACGAUCUCUCCCUCUCAUCUCUUCUUUUCUUUUUCCUUCCUCUGAUCCUCUCCCUACAAGUCCUUAACUUUUUUUUAUUCCGUCUAAAUGGCAACAGUACGAUCGCCACAGGGAAAACCAGCACCUAAACCUGCAGAAUCCAAACCAAAGCCUCGCAAGUACAAGAAAUGGGUUUUGAAGCCCUCCAGUCAAUGCGCGUGUAAAGGCUGCAAGAGGAGAGCCGGAAAGAUCUCAACAAUAAAAGGCGUAAAUACUGUGGAUAUUGAUUUGGAGGAGCAAAAAGUGACAGUAAAAGGGAACAUUGAUUCAGAGACUUUGAUCAAGGAAUUGAAAAAGACGACAUCGAAACUUUUCGAGUUAUGUCCUCAAUGCCAUCAAGAACAGAAAGGGCAAGGAAAAGGGAAGAGCAAAGAGAAAGAGAGCAACCCGAAAAGUAGCCGCGAAGAAGAGAAAAAAACAGUGAAGACGGAAGUUGCAGGCAAAAGCGGCGGCGAAAUUGGUAACACUACCAAGGCGGGACAACCGGUAAAGUCGGUGCUGAAACCGGCGAUCAAAAGCGGAAAAAUUAAUGAAAAGAGAAGAGCAAAGAGAGAGAGCAACCCGGAAAGCAGCCGCGGAAAAGGCGUUCAAAAACACAAAAAGCAAGAAAAGGUGCCAAAGAGAGUCCAUUUUUCCGGUGUCUAAUUUAUCGCGAUAAUUUGGGUUGGUGGUGCGAGCAUUGGUCGUGAAGAUGGUUUUUUUCUGUCAUUUUGGUUGCGUAGAGGUGGGAUGGUGAUGUGGUAUUAAGAAUUUGUAAUGUUGGGUGAGGGCGUGAAGUGGCGGCAUUGGCAUUGCAGGAACUCAACAUAAAAUUGGCUUGUGAUGCUGGAAGUGGAGGUGGGGACAAUGCUAUGGUGAUGUGGUAUUAAGAAUUUGUAAUGUGGGGUGAGGGCGUGAAGUGGCGGCAUUGGCACUGCAGGAACUCAUCAUAAAAUUGGCUUGUGAUGCUGGAAGUGGAGGUGGGGACAAUGCUAUGGUGCAAAUUGAAUGAUAAUAAUAAAUUAGGCAGGGUGAUGCUUGUAGAAGGAUUAGGUUCGCAAUAUAAGAGUUGGUCCAAAAGGGAAAAUGAGCAAACUAUUUUCUUUUAAUAUUAGUAAUGUUUUCCAAGGUUAGGAUUUGAUUUUCUUUUUUAAGUCUUUUGACUCAAUUGUAAUCGUCUUCUUGUGAAAAUGGUAAUCUUUUGGAGGGUAAUAUUUAAGAAUGCAAAAUUAGUUGGUGGCAGUUAGCCCUGGCUUCCCUUCAAUUU